AUGGCUGCAACUGUGUGUCAUCCUGGAUUACAGUUACAUCUUGAAACUCAACUUGUUGAGUCAAGAACAUUAAGAUUAAGGUUACCUUCUCCAAAACAAUCCAUUGAUUUAGCCUUCAAAUCUUGUUUCACUGAUUCGAACAUCAAAACCCAACAUCAACAUGAAGAAAACAUCAACAUCAACAUGAACAAAUCAGAAACUUUUCAAAGCAAGUCCAACAAUGGUGGUUGGAACUUCCUUGAUGCUCUUUCCAAUAUCUCACAAAACACGUCAACAAAAGAAACAACUACCACGACCGCAACCGGUUAUGUUCAUCCUCAACAGAAACGUUCCUCUUUGGUUUUGAGUCCAAAGAGUCUUGAAAUGUGUACGGAGAAUCUUGGUAAUGAGAGUGGUACUGACAUUGUGGAAAACGACAUGUUGUUGUCUUUAAUGGGAAAAACUGAGGAAAGAGAACAACAACCUUGUCGUGAAGUUUUAGGUGGUUCUAAGAAAGCCAAGAUUCAGAAUUUUCCACCACCUUUAACGACGAUAAGGGGGUCAGAGUCUCUUCGUGUUAGACCUCGCCGCCAAGAUGGAAGAUUAGUGAUUGAAGUCACUAAGGUCCCACCGAGAACAUCUUGUUUUGAAGCUGAUAGAAGCCAUGGCCGUCUUCGCCUUUGUUUUUCGAUAAAUCCAUCUCGGGAACAAGAACAAGAACAAGAACAAGAAGAAUAUGAUGGUGAUGUUGUUGAUGAUGUUGCUGAUGUUAUAGAUGAAAAUGAAGAAGUAUUCAAUGAAGAAGAAUUUUCUGAAAAUGGAAAAAUUGGAGGAGAAAUAAAAGAUGUUGAAGAAGAUGAAGAAAAAGAAACAGAGGAGAAAGUGGUGGAGAGUGGAAUUGUUGUUGCAUGUGGAGAGACUAAAGAUAAAGACAGUGAUGUAAGAAUGAAAAAGUAUGAGAGUGUUAGAAAAUGCAAAGAAGGUGGUGAGAGUGAAAACAAUGAGACCAUUUGGAUGGCUGCUACUACUACAUAA